AUGCAGAGUGUCUUGGCAGUUUUUGGCUUUUUGGCUAUUUUGGCGGUUAGCGAUGCCUGUUUUGCAUCUGGAAUUUGUGGAGGAGGUUGUGCUCCACCACCACCACCAGUGUGCUCAGGAGGAUGCGGAGGUGGUUAUUCCUGUGGAAGAUAUGGAUGCUUCAGUGCAAAGGCUAGAGGAUCCAAGACUUUGUCUUUCAAGAGCGAGAGAACCUUGUCUCCAGAUGAAAAGUUCAUGAAGUGCUGCGAAGAGAGAAACCUUCCAGAUGCCUGUCUGUCGAAAUGUUCAUUCCGCACUUACACCAAAACUGCUCUCCAAGCUAUGUACUUCAAACAAGACUAUUGCCCAAUGCAAGCUGCUGCUGAUAUCCAAUACUGUGCUGCUCAAGGACAAGAUCACACUGAUUGCUGCGUUAGAAACGCUGUCGGAACUACUUUGGCUGGAAACAAAUGCUUCACGUUCUGCGACCAACGCCCUGGAAACGUGACUCAACUUGAUCUCUCAUACCUAGCCUGUUACGACAGAUUUGAGAACAUGAAGGCCUGCUUCUGGCAGAAAUUGAACGAACAAUCAACUCCAGAGUUCUCUUCUAACAUUGAUGCCGAGUCAGAGUUUUCCGAGCAAGGACCCAAUAGACACUUCGCUCUGUCUUCAGCCAGAACUUUCCAAGCUAAGACUUUCGGUCAAUAA